AUGGGAAAUCAAACACUGACAACAAUUGCUGCUAGUGGGACAGUAGCGAUAAACACUACCACAGCCGAUAGUACUGCGGUACUGCCACGACCUGUGCGUCGAGUUCUUCAAAACUUUCUUCUGGUAUGGCUUGAUGCAAAUAUUGAUGAAUCCAACGAAAAUUUCAAGAAACCUUUGCAAUGUCUACGACGUAUUGUAGCAACAAUCACAACAUUUACAGACGUUGACGAGUGUAUUGAUUUUCUCAGUGGCAUUCAAAAUGAAAAAGUAUUUAUGAUCGUAUCUGGUGUACUCGGACGGCAAAUAAUACCAGAUAUUGAAGCAUGCGCACAAUUAGAAUCGAUUUAUGUUUUCUGUGAUAACCAAUCGAUUCAUGAACAAUGGACCAAAACAGUCCCUAAGGUAAAAGGUGUAUACACACAAAUCGAACCGAUUUGUGAAGCAUUACGAAUUGACCGUGAAAAUUGUGAUCGAGCUAUGAUCUCGAUCAGUUUUAAUGGUAUUGAUGCGUUGUUUAUGUAUACACAAUUGUUAAAAGAAACACUUUUGGACAUUGAAGACGACGAUGCAAAAUCUAUUAGAGAAUUCGUUGACUAUUGUCGUCUUCAAGGUGAUAUUGAUGAAAAUCAUAUUGAUAAGUUCGAACGAGAAUAUCGUCUUCAUACACCCAUUUGGUGGUACACGGGUCCAUAUUUUAUCUACUCGAUGCUCAAUCGUGCUUUACGAUUAAUGGACGUCGAUAUUAUACUCAAAAUGGGGUUCUUUAUUCGACAUUUACAUCAACAUAUUGAGACUCUACAUCGUGAACAACAAUCCACUAACACAAUGACGAGUACUUUAUUUCAAGUUUUUCGAGGUCAAGUACUUAUAAAUCAUUUAGCUAUUUCUAUUAGCUAA